AUGGAUUUUUAUCCUGAUGAUUUUCGUUUCAUUCGUCUGCAUUAUAUGUGCCUGUUUGCUAUGCUGCAUUGCUUUCACGAUGCAAAAUGGAUUUCAAGACAUCCGACAAUUUGCAGAAUGCGAUUUGGAACUGCAACAAAAGUUAAAAAUAUUGAAUUUCAUGAAAAGAUUUGGAAAAGUCUUAUUGUGUCUGUCCAUUGGAGGUUUCUUCUGCGUGGACAAGAGAAUUCCUUUGAAGAUGGCAACGACCUUGCACUCUGUGUUUUCUGGAUUAUUGAAAUUGAAAAAAGUAUCCAAUUACAGACGUGUUUGUUCUCAGAUUUCUAUUACAAAUUUCACGGAAUUACUUUAGAUAAUGCAAUUUAUUUUGUAUUUAUGAUGUAA